GUUGUCAUCGCGUUGUUUUGUAUUGUAGUUUAUUUUCAGUUCAGCAAGUUUAUGAUAUGGUGUAAUAUUUUUUACAUAGUUAUUUGAAGGAUUUAUAGAAAUUUAAAUACCUCUCCAACAAUUAAUGUCAUUACUUUCCUGAUAAUAAAGUAACAUGUCAUAUCAACUCUACAGAAAUACAACUAUAGGUCACACGUUACAGGAAAGUUUGGAUGAGUUAAUACAGUAUGGACAAAUCACACCACAAUUGGCUUGCAAAGUGUUGCUUCAGUUUGAUAAAUCUAUAAAUCAGACAUUGGCAACAAGGGUUAAAUCAAGAUUAACUUUCAAAGCAGGAAAAUUGAAUACAUAUAGAUUUUGUGAUAAUGUAUGGACAUUUAUGCUUAACGAUGUAGAAUUUAGAGAAGUACAAGAAAUAACUAAAAUCGAUAAAGUUAAAAUAGUAGCUUGCGAUGGUAAAAAUGUUAGUGAAGAAGGAAGUUCGAAGAAAUAAUUGUUUAUGUAUGUGUAUUUUUAUGUAAAUAUGUAGGCUAAUUUUUAAGUUAUAUUAAUACCUAGGUGACAAAUUGCCAGAUGUCGGGUAACAAUAAUUUUCAUUCAAAUUAACUACAUUUUAAUAUCGAAUAGUUUUAUUUUUAGGAAAAAAUACUUUCAGUGUACAAUUUAUCAUGGAAUUUAUUAACCUAUAUAAGGUAUUUCCUGUUUAAACUUGAAAUAAAAUUAAAUAUACUACUACUUGUGAUAUCCACUUGAA